AUGGGAGGCCAACUGUCGAAAAUGAUGGGCAAGAUCUUCGGAUCCAAGGAGAUGCGGCUGCUGAUGCUGGGCCUGGACGCCGCGGGCAAGACGACGAUACUGUACAAGCUGAAGCUGAACCAGGACGUCACUACAAUUCCUACGGUGGGAUUUAACGUGGAGACUGUGACGUAUAAGAAUGUUAAGUUUAAUGUUUGGGAUGUGGGGGGACAGGAUAAGAUUCGGCCGCUUUGGAGGCAUUAUUUUAGUGGAACACAAGGCCUUAUCUUCGUGAUCGACUCCUCAGACAAAGCACGCAUAGACGAGGCGAGACAGGAAUUACACCGCAUCAUCAACGAUCGAGAGAUGAAGGAGUCGCUACUGCUCGUAUUUGCCAAUAAGCAAGACAUCCCGGGAGCCAUGAAACCCCAAGAAGUUACCGACGCCCUGAAGCUCUCGCAGCUGAAAGAUAAAAUCUGGUUCGUGGUGCCGAGUUGCGCAACGACUGGUGAGGGGUUAUUGGAAGGAUUGGCAUGGCUCUCAAACAACGUAAAAUCACCACCCAACGUACAGGGAAAGAAAUAG